AUCAAAAGUUAUCCGUGUGCAAACCCAACUCGUAUAUUUUUCUGGGAUGCAACAUAUGUCGAUGUGAUGCUGAAGGAAAAAUAAACCAACGAUUUUGUACAAAAAGAAAAUGCCCGUCAGAUACACGAAGAUCUUACAAUGUCGACGGAAGCUGUGAAGCCGGAAACUGGUACUCAUCAGAACCUUGCCAAAUCUGUUAUUGUAUCUUCAAAAGCAAAUUAAUUUGCAACAGCGUAGCAAAUAAGGAUAAACUCCAACUUGGUAAAUUUUCUUUUUCGAUAUGUGGAAAUAAGUAUUUGGAGGCAGCAUCGGAAUUAUUUCCGAGCCUGCCUGCCUGGAAGAAGAAAAGUAUUAUGAAAAGUGUCAAUAAUAUAGAAACAACAACGGCCGUACCUGAUUUAAAUACUGAUGAAAUGCUCUUAAAUUUAUUGGAGAGUAAACGAAAAGUUAAUGAUGAUAACUUGUUUUAUAUGAUAAAUGAUAAACGUGAUUCUAAACAUGGUCUGUUAGAAGACGAGCUAAUCAAGCACCCAAAUAAUAUAGAUUCAAUAAUAUCUCAAAGAUAUUAUAAUGAUGACUCGUCUCUUGGUCUUGGUGUUUUGAGUCUUAGGCGCGGUAAACUAAUGCUUAUAGAUAAAGAAACCUGUACCCCAGGAGAGUCUUUUGCAAAGAAUUGUGAGACUUGCUAUUGUCUACAAAACGGUAAAAUGUUGUGCGUACAAAGAAAUUGUGGUAAAACUAAUUGAAAUGGCUGUAAUAUACGGAAUAAUUAAAAUUUGAUAUCGUUAAAUAUUUUUUAUUGUUUUUAUAGAAAUGGUAGUUACAAAGUCAUAUUGAAAAUUAUUUAAGUUUUAUUAUACGAAAAGAAAAUAUGAUUUAUAGUCUAGUAUUAAUAGUUUCAUUACAGAUUGUUGUAAUCAAUUCCUAUCUACAUGAAAAGCCUCUUCACAAUACACUAUGGAGUGAAAGGUGCAAGAAGCGUGCUGUAGUCCUGAAUGACUGUAACUGGUGUCGGUGUAAUGAAAGACAGAGGUACCAUUGCGAGGCCAGAGUUUGUGAAGAGAUUGACAUGUUCGGACAUUUCAAAGAUGCUAUCCAAGCGAUAGACGUGGGCAUGGAAGGUCACGGAGUAUGGAGGUCCUCGCUGACCUCCUGUUCUCCUGGUAUUCACUACCGACGGGGAGCAAUGUUGUGCGUCUGUAAAGAGGACGGGAACUGGCCUAAUCCCGUCUGCAGAGACAUUUUUCGUGUUCUACACUCAGUAGAACAUACCUCCUUGGCUCACCCCACAUCAAACUAUACUUGUUUUCCCACCAAGCUCUAUGUUGUAGGGUGCAAUGUGUGUUUUUGUCCCUCAAGUGGAUAUUUAGAUCCAAAUUUAUGUACCCAAAACACUUGUCACAAAGAUGACCCCGUAUUAAAAGCCAAUACUACUAAUAUAGCUCGAACUGAUGAUUUAGAUGAUGAUAAUCUAGAGAUAUAUGCGUCAUGUACACCAAAUACAAUGUACACUAUAGGUUGCAUGCCCUGCAAAUGUUUGAAGAACAAUAGACUUCUUUGUGAAAGCUGUUCUAAAAAUAAAAAUACACUUUCUGGUCAUAAAGACUCUGAAAACGAAUGCCGUGCUAAAGGAACUGAUGUUGUUUUUGAAAAUAAUUGUAAUCUUUGCUAUUGCGAUGAGAACGAAAGAAAAAUAUGCACUGUUCGCAAAUGUAUUAAAGAUCGGCCAACAUUAAAUUAUAAAAAUAAAGGUAAGUUUGUGCUAACCACAUCACCAGUAGAUGAUGAAGACUGCACACCAGGGACAAAAUUUUAUAAAGAUUGUAAUGUGUGCCAAUGCAUCAAACUAAGAAAAGGUAAGAAGCUCAUACGAUGUACUAAGAAAUUGUGUUACAACACAUCGUCUAUAGAUAUCAUAAAAUCCGACUGUGUUUUGAACUCCGCUUACGAACUUAAAUGUAUGGUCUGUCAUUGCCGAGAAGAGAAUGGUGAGAAGGUACAGAUCUGUUAUACGAAAGCAUCAUGUACUGAAAAAAAGCCCUUAAGUGCCUCAAAGCUAAGUGGUUACUGUGAACCCUUUAGAACAUACACUGAUGAUUGUAAUCCGUGUCGUUGCCUUAGCGACGGCGAGACUCUCUUAUGUGCUACCAACAAAUGUGUAAAAAAAGAUCCGGUUUCAAUGGAAGUUGUACCAAUUAAGAGGAAUCAAAGAGAUAUUUGUCCGGAAGGCGAGUCAUUUAGACUUAAGUGUAAUUUAUGUUAUUGUUUAUCGAGUAGUAACGCUAUGUGCACUACUGCUGACUGUUACGAGGAUUCUUUCAAAAUAAAUCCUAUUAUAAAUUAAACU